UCUGGCUGUGCUUGGGUUAAUAUAACGAAUUAUGACGGAAGUGAAGUUCUUGUUCUUUUCUUAACAAAAAGAUUCUUGGCUUUAAUCCAGUAUUAGUUGAGCCUGGGAUGUGGAAUUAGGGCAAGAAAAAGGAGAUUUACGCAAUAUAAUCUGUGGAUUCUUGUGAAAUUUCUCAAUCAAUGAAGUAAAUAAGUUAUCAACAACGAGAAUGAUUAGGCUUUGUUAGGUUUUGUUUCGGUGCAAAGAUGGAGGUUGAAGAAGAAUGAAUAGGGAAUGAGAAAUGAAUAAGGCAAUAUGUGGAUUUUUGGGUGGAAAGGGCCAUCUGGGUUCUCUGCCAGUUCCACAGCUGAGCAAGUUACACAGGGGAUUGAUGGUACUGGCCUCACUGCUAUUGUUACAGGAGCAUCAAGCGGUCUUGGUGCGGAGACAGCUCGUGUUCUUGCUUUGCGAGGUGUGCAUGUGGUUAUGGCAGUAAGGAAUGUGGAUGCUGGUAAGAGUGUCAAAGAAGAAAUACUUACAGAAAUCCCUGAUGCCAAGAUUGAUGUUAUGCAGUUGGACCUCAGCUCAAUGGCAUCUGUCAGGAAAUUUGCAUCUGAAUAUAUUUCCUCUGGUCUUCCGCUGAAUCUUCUUAUUAACAAUGCUGGCAUAAUGGCAACACCUUUCGCACUUUCCCAAGAUGGCAUAGAAAUACAGUUUGCGACAAACUAUGUCGGUCAUUUUCUUCUAACUGACCUUCUGUUGGAGACCAUGAAGAAAACAGCACGUGAAAGCAAUCAAGAGGGAAGAAUUGUUAAUUUAUCAUCAGAAGCUCACCGCUUUGCGUACCGUGAACGAAUUCGUUUUGAUAAACUCAAUGACGAAUCAGGAUAUGGCAGUUUAGGUGCUUAUGGACAAUCAAAACUAGCUAAUAUCUUGCAUGCCAAUGAGCUUGCAAGUCGCUUUAAGGAAGAUGGUGUAAAUAUAACUGCUAAUUCACUUAAUCCUGGGUCAAUUGGUACCAAUCUUUUGCGGCAUCACAGUUUUUUCUAUGGAUUUGUGUCUCUGGUUGGUAAAUAUUUUCUCAAAAAUAUCCCACAGGGAGCAGCCACUACAUGCUACGUAGCAUUGAAUCCGCAAGUUAAUGGGGUAACUGGACAAUAUUUUGUGGACAGUAAUCUCUCCAAUCCAAGUUCUCAGGCUAAAGACGCAGAAUUAGCCAAAAAAUUGUGGGAUUUCAGCUUGACAUUGACAAGUUCUAAGUAACUAAGCAAUCAAGUUCAAGCCUCCUAUAUAAGUAACUUGUUUCCUUGAUCAGUUCAUAUGUUCUGUUGAUUUCUCAGUUCUGAGAAAAGUGUAUGUACAUAUUGGUUUUUGAAUAUUACUUGUCUUGUAUCAGAACCCAACUUUUAUCAAAGUUUAACUGGUUUCUGCAGUCAACAUGAAUGUAUUAUAUGCAGGUUUCGGAUUUAUAUUACGAUAUAUAGAUGAAAGUUUGAUCUUUCUUCC